CCCCUGCUAUCACCAAACCAUUGGUAAAGAACCAUCUGAGGACCCAAUCAAAACCAUCACCUUGCCAUACAUUGCAGGGGUCACCAAAAAUAUUUCCAAAAUCUUAAGCAAACACAGGAACCAGGUUCAAUUUAACACGCAGGAGCAGCAGCAGGAAACCCCCAUACUGCCACCUCUUCCUUGGGACGGACGACGACGAGGUGGUAGAGGAGGUGGUGGUGGUGAAGAGCCCCCUUUUCCGCCCAUGGAGUCAUUCAUUAAGCGAGAAGAAGACGACGACGGAGAGGCUGGCAGUAGGAUCUGGCUGGCAGUGAAAGUGGAGACGCAGGGGGAGGAGAGCGGCGGCGACGACCACGGGGCGGACGUGCGUGCCGGAGAGGAAGAUGGCCGAGAACUUCAGGUCAAACGAGAGACGCGGGAGGUUGAAGGAAGGGAGCUGCACAUUGUGGAGGUCGACCCUCAAGAUCCGCUGGCUGGCGACGGUUCAUCUGUGAGACCUGGAGAGUCGCGGGGGGAUUGUUUGGGAUCGUCAGGCGUGGCGGAGAUCGAAGUGGAGGUGGGCGACGACGACGAUGGUGACGGGAUGAUCGUGGACGGUGCCCCGGAAACGCUCUCCCAUGCGAAAAAAUCCACCGGGACAACCGCCACCGCCACCGCGACCCGCGCCAGAACGAGAUUGCACGGCUGCUCGGUGUGCGGGAAGAGCUUCGUCCGCCCGUCGGACCUCAGGAACCACACGAUGAGCCACGCGGGAGAGAAGCCGCACAAGUGCUGCGUGUGCCAGAGGGCAUUUGUCGCCGUGUCCAACCUCAAGAACCACAUGAGGGUCCACAGGGGAGGGAAGCCGCACGAGUGCUCCGUGUGUGGCAAGGAAUUCAGCCGCCCCUCGGCCCUCGCGACGCACGCCGCGAUUCACGCCGUGCAGAAACCGAACGUGUGCCCCGUGUGCGGGAAGGGCUUCAGUCGCCCGUUCACCCUCAAGUGCCACUUGGCGGUCCACUCGGCCGACUGCCCGCACGAGUGCUCGGUCUGCGGGAAGGGGUUUGCCAAGGAGACGCAGCUGAGGAACCACGAGAUGAUCCACACGGGCGAAUGGCCCCACAUGUGCACCGUGUGCGGGAAGGGCUUCGGGCGCUCGUUCGCGCUGAAGGUCCACGCGAUGAUCCACACGGGCGAGAGGCCCCACGUGUGCACCGUGUGCGGGAAGGGCUUCGGCCGCCUGUCCACCCUUCAGAACCACGCGGCCUCGCACACCGGUGAGAGGGCGCACCGGUGCCUGGUGUGCGGCAAGGGCUUCAGUCGCCCGUCGGCCAUCAGGGGCCACAUGGCGAUGCACACAGGCGAGAGCCCGCACCGGUGCCCCGUGUGCGGCAAGGGGUUCACCGAGUCGACGCAGCUCAAGAGGCACGUGAAGAGCCACACGGGGGAGUGGAGCCACCGCUGCUCCGUGUGCCAAAGAGGGUUCUUCCGCCCGUCGGAACUGAAGACUCACAUGAUGAACCACACGGGGGAGAGGCCGCACAAGUGCUCUUCGUGCGGCAAGGCCUUCAAGCAGUACGCAGCCCUGAGGACCCACGUGAUGAGCCACACGGGAGAGAGGCCGCACAAGUGCUCGGUGUGCGAGAAGGACUUCGUGCAUCGCGCGGGCCUCAAGACCCACAUGCUGACGCACACGGGAGAGAGGCCGCACAAGUGCUCGGCGUGUGGCAAGGACUUCGUUUGCACUGCAUCCCUGAAGAGCCACAUGAAGACGCACACGGGAGAGAAGCCGUACAAGUGCUCCGUGUGCGAGAGGGACUUCCGGCACUCCACGACCCUGAAGAAUCACGUGAAGACACACGUAGGAAAGGGAACGUGCGUGAUCGGUGAGCGGGAGUAGUUUUGAUUUGUCAAGCCCUUUGUGAGAGGUGCACAUGGGGACCGCACAGUGGAGAUUGGCAGACAUGCGGGGGAACAGUUAGUCAGUGAGGAAUAUAUCGGGAGGGUAAAGACGCUACCAAGAAAUCUUCAACAGUUCAAAAUUAAUUGCAAAUGACUAACCAGUUAGCUGCACCACUAGUCACUUAUAGCUCUGGGUUAAUAGAUGGGCUGUGAAAAUAUCUACACCGUUUGGAUGUAAGGAUCAAGAAACCUCCUAUCUACACAGCAGGUUGUUUUCAAUUGGUGUCAGAGGCUGUGCGUGCUCCAUGCUGUGGGAUGAUAAGGGCUCAUAGUACCGAUUAUAUCUCAGAAUCCGAAUAUUUAUUUAUACGGCAGGAGGAAUCCAAUGAGCUAUAAAGCUCUCUUUGACAGAUGUCCAGUCGGGGCACGAGGGUCAUAACGUUACAACAACAAUACACAGUACACACAAACACGA